UUUAAAUAAUUGUACAUAUGUGUUGAAGUUCAAACAAUUCACUUCUACCUGAACUUUGUGAUGAUGUUGUUGUUCAGAAGAACAUUCAAAGCUCCACGACCAAACUAUUCAGCUGAAAGAAAGAAACUCCACCAUAAUCGGACAUCACUUAAUGUAUAUUUAAUGAUUAUGAGCAUAGAAAUUAAAGCCAUAUUUACUUUGAUUUGAAGUGGAACCAACGAACUCAAUCCAAAUGUUAAGCCAACAAGAGAAACUGGACAAGCGGCAUAGCAAACUGCCAUUUGGUUUGAAGAAACGUCUAACUGCUGUUGCACCGAGCGUUCAACCCAUAGACCGUACCCAUGGUUAUUCACUUCAACAACAACCCUGUAACUUAAGACCAUGUUUGUCUAUCCAAUCAUCAAACCAGUGGAACAUGUAUCCUAAUGUUCAACCUCAAUGGCAAAAUCAAAGUUAUGAUCACAGCACCUGGCCAUCUAUGCCUACGUAUCCUCCUAUAGUACAAACUCCAUAUCCAAAUAUACCGCAAAACCCAGUGCCACUACACCCAUUUCCAUAUCACUAUACUCUCCCUGAACAAACCUACCAACAGAAUUCGUGGUCAUCGUAUGCUCCAUCGUGAUCAAAAAACUAUUCAAUGUUUCAUGAACUAUCCAUGUACAAAAUAUAAAUAUGUACCAACA